AUGAGUUUCUUCAAAUCCGUUUUCUCCGACGACCCUAACCCUUCCGGUUCCGAAGAAUCCAACAAUGCUCCCCACCGUGAGUCGCCAGACGCGCCGGUCAGUCCUUCCGGCGCGUGGAAUUUGGGUAACAUAAUCAAAACCCUCAGCGAAAAAUCGGAAACCGUCAUCGAAGUUUACCGUCGCGAUCUUCAGGAAUUCGGCACAGGUUUGAAGAAAGAGAUAGAGGUCGCUCACGGCUCCCUCGAAACGGUGGGACACGUCAUCGACCGAUUCGGAAACACCGUUAUUAAAGGAACGGCUCAGAUUAUAUCUCAAGGGAAAGACGCGAUCCUCGAUUCCGAUUCUGAUUCGGACAAUAGCAACAACAAUAAAGAUAAGAGACAUAGUAGUUUCAAUUCGAAGCUGUAUAAUAGAUUUGAUUCUCGGGUUCGUGCGAUUCAGGGUGAUGCUAAGACUUUCACGGAAGAACCGUUGGAUUUGGAGCGUUAUAAUAAGUGGAAAUUGGAUUUUUCGUUGGAAGGGAAAAUUGAAGAAAUGGUAGGGCUUCUGAAAGAGAAUGAGGCUAUGGAGAGUGUUCAUAAAAGAGUGGUUCCUAAUGUUGUUGAUAGUGAAACUUUUUGGUUAAGGUAUUAUUAUAAGCUUUAUAAGGUUAAGAAAGCUGAGGAUGUUAGGGCUAGGCUUGUGAGACGAAUGUCGAGGGAAGACGACGAAGAGUUGAGUUGGGACGUUGAAGAUGAUAAGUAUGAUGAUGAUGAUGAUGAUGAUGAUGAUGAUGAUGAUGAAGAUGAUAAUGAUGAGAAGAAUGGAAGAGAGGGUGGCUUUGAUGGUAAUGGUGUUGUGGGAGUUAAGAGAUUGGAUGAUUCUGAUGAGGAAGAGACUAAGGUUGAAAAGAGAAAUAGUAUAUCAGAAAACAAGAUGAAGGAGGAAUCAAAAGUUAAUGAGAAUUUGGAGCUUGUUCAAGAGAAGGGUGAUGGAAGACAAGUGGAUGAUGUUAAGGAUUCUGUAGUUGAUUCAGAUAAGAGAAUGACAGUAGAGAGUAAUGUUGGCCAUGGAAAGUCAUUACCGGUUGUUAGUCGGGACAAGGAGCAUGAGGAAGUGGAGGAGAAAGAUCUUGAGUGGGAUGAGAUUGAGGAACUUGGUAGAUUUGACGAAAAGAAGGGAAUGGGGAGUGGUAGUCCAAGCAAAAUUGAUAUUCGGAAGCGCCUGAGUUCGGCCGCGGAAGAAGAAGACUUGAGUUGGGAUAUUGAAGAUGAUGAUGAAGAUGAGCUUACCAAGGCUUGA